CCCUUUUUUGUAUAAUGAUUUUAAUGAUCAAAUAAUAUUAACAAAUCUGGAGUUAGCUUUUGAUUUAGAUUUUUAAUUUUUUUUUUUAAUACAAUAUAGUGUUUUAUAAGCCAUUACUCAUUAGAGGAUAAUAUAAUAUUGUAGCAUAAAAUUCCAAACCUUUUCAAUAUAAAUACUUUAUAAUUCAAAUUAAACCCUUUUGUUUUACUAUUGAUAAAAUAUACCAAAAAAAAAGAAAAAAUUAUUUUACGGUCAUAACGGGUUACAGACUUACGGAUUAUAAACGAUUCAGUUAUAACAAAUUACGGGUUGUAAACGGUUCGAUCAUAACUUACUACGGGUUAUAAACGGUUAAAUCCUAACCAGUUACAGGUUGUAAACGAUUUGGGUUUAUCGAGUUUUGUUAUGCUUAAACGGUUUCGGUUUACAAUGGGUCGAGUUGCUAUUGGGUUCAAAAGUACUCGGUUUGGGUUGUUCUCGGUUUUGGGUUGUAUCAGCUCGGCUUGAUAUUGGGUACGGUUCAUUAAAGGUUCUCAAACAUUCGGAUUGGUCCAGUUUCAGGUUUUAAAAAAUCGGGUCGGGUCGAUUUACGGUUUUAAAAUAACAGGUUCUAAGCGAUUCGUUUCCUUUUUGGAACAGUUCAAAACGAUUCAAAUUCACCAGUUCAGUACGAUUUUUGACAGCUCUACCUCUAUCAUAUCGGUGUGAUUUACAACCUUCAUCGACGAUGGGGUCUAUAAAUCUGUUGUAGCAAUGCAUAAAUUUUCAGUCUGAUUCACUAGAUUUGAAAAUAAUUCAACCCACCUCUUUAACACUAUCCUUUCCCACUUUCCCGUUAUUUCAAAAUUUGAAAAAAAAAAAAAACCUUUCUCAAAAUGUAUUUAAAGUUACGGAGUCCCAACACUCCUUUUGUCCCUCUCUUCAAAAAAAAAAAAAAAUAAGGUUCUUCGACUUCUUCCCAAACUCCUCUGGAUUCAUCCCAAUUUACGUUUAAUUCUUCUCUAGAAUUUUCUUUGUCGCCCUACUUCGGUUACGUUAUCUCCUACAAUCACUUUGUUUGUUUUUAAGGGAAGAUUUUAGGUCUUACUUUCUCCUUUGUUCAACGUUUAUUUUAGUUUAUUAGUUGUUAUUCAAUUGUGAAUUUUUUUUUUUUAUUGGUGAUGUUGUAUUUUUUUUUUCUUUUCAGAAUUUUCUGUAGAUGUUGUUGUUGAGGAUGUUCGUUUCGUAAUGGUGGUGAUUAAUUAAUGCAAAUAUAGGGAAUUAAUUUAUAAUUGAACCAUUUUUAGGGAAAUCGUUCCAGAAUUUUGUGUGAAACUUAAUAUAAGUUAUAUUUUGAGUUUUGUUGUUUCCAAACGAACAAAUAUUUUAAAUGGCUUAAACGAAGUGCUUUUGUUUUGAUGAUUGGUUAUUCGGUGGUGCACCACUGCACCACUAUGCAUUUACUCGUAGAUAAGACUAACAGAGUACUUCUUUUGAAAAAAUGUAUAGGAACAAAAAACUUGGGCAUAGCUUUUCGAUGGAUAGUGAUCAUAGUAGCAGCAGCAGUAGUGGUGGUGAUUCAAUAGUGGAAUGGGAUGAGGAUUCACUGAUUUCGGUUUUCAUAAAACCCUUUUUGGCCCGUCCAUUUACUCUGGAGGGCUGCAAGUUCCGUCCGUCUAAUACCUUUGGUGACAUCAGGGCUGCCAUUGUUCGUGAAUCAAGGCCUGACCUCAAUGAAUUUAAUGACCCUAAAACAGACUUCCUACAGAUACCCGGUGAUUUCGGUGUAUUGGAGGAUAAUUGGACAAUAGAAUCUGUAUUCAAGAGCUGUUGUGCAGAUAUUACCAUAUCUAUCGUCCCCGCUGGUCUGAGACCAGGCCACCUGACUUGCCUGAUUCAGAUGUCGGGGAAUACCAUGAUUUUGAUUUUUUUCACUAGGAGGCCUAGAACAGAGAUGCUACCCUUCCGUGCUGCAACUUCACUCCCUGUCUUUGAUGGCCCUUUGGAGCUCAAGACCUGCGGCGGUCGUCCCCUUUCUAUUGACAACCUCCAAGAUUUUGGCUCUCUUUACACCUCUGCUACCCAUGUCCUUUUGACUCCCAGUUCUCGGAUUUGGGGCAUUCUGUCAGCCCUAAGUGACUCUAGAUACCUUGUCGUUCACGUCAGCUGGGACAGACUGUCCUAUCUGUUUCUCCGAGUUAUUAAGGUAUUCUACCCUGACAUGCCUUUUGUCGCUGUCACUGAUCUUACCCCCCACCAGCUUGAGCUGCUAACAUUCCUUGACACUCCUCAGCUUCAUAUGAAUUACCUUUAUGGUUGGGAUAUACUCGACGAAGCUGAGGAAUUUUGUGUUAAUCAUAUUGAGCGUUUGGACAUCAAGUGGCUUGGAUUAAGGCCUUCGGACCUUGAACGCUUUCCUGCUGAUGUCUUUGAUGGUCUGGCCUUGCCCCGGCCACGUGACUUUGAUAAUGUCCUAUCCAAGAUCAAGUGGAAUCUGCAUUUCAGUAGGAACAAAGCGUGGAUUAGAGAAUUGGAGCUCUUCAAAGCGAAUCAAAAGUGUGUAAUGUUCCAGCCUAGAGGCCCUCUAAAAAAUAUACUAUUCAAGAGAUUGUUUGAGAUGGAUUGUGUUUAGCUUCCACCUUAACCCAGCUAGUAAUGCCAAUGUCAUCUCGGAAAAUUUUGUGCCCUUGUUUGACCGUGCAAUGCACGAUUUGUAAAUCAAUUUACUGCGUCUUAAGUUUUUGAAAAAAAACAUUAUUAAUCCCGUAGGGAAAAAAAUAAGUAAUAUAAUUCAAUUAGUAAUAAAGGGUUCAU